AUUUUAGUUUAGCUUUUUUUUUUUUUCCUUUCUUUCUUUGUUUCUUUUCGACCAACGAAAUACACCAGAAUUGAUAUGUUAUAGCAGUGUGAUAUAUCUGGAUGAUUUUAGAUCAUUCCAACCAACCGCUUGAGCACAGCUUGGCCAGAUGCCAUGAAUUCCUGCUCCAACGUGUUAAUCCUCAAAAGAGCCGAUCUAUCAUUUAAGUCAGGCACCGUUCAUUGAAACCAGCAGGACCCACGUAUGACCCAUCUUGUAGUUGUACAGAUGAUUGUUCCAUCAGCAGCAGAAACAAUUAAUCAGAAAUUGUGAUCCCAAAACAGAGCCGAUUAAUUCUACCAGAGUUCUCUGGGAACGAUCUGUUUGAUUAUAGGGUGGGUUAAUUUAAUUCACAUGCCUGGGGUAUAGAUCAGUAUAACGUACAAAACAAUUCCCUGUUUAUAGAAAACAAGCGACCACACUGGAAACUUCUUUGAUUUUUCCCCCGAUAAUAAUAACAACCAUUCAGGAAGCCAAAGUUGAGAUUGAAUUUGCAAACCUCUUCAGCUAAAUACCCCUUCUAGAAAGACCUUGGUGCUAAGGGCGUUCUUGCAAUCUAAAAGGUUGCUUUUUCUAGACAAUAUUUCAAUGCAAAGGAAAUAAAACGUGUAUUUUACAUUCACAUCUCUUGAAUUCUCCUCUACAUAUUUCAACUAUCAGCUUCUAGGAAACAAUCCAAUCAUCCACCAAAAGAUUUUCCAUUUUUGCCAUAAAUCUCCACUUGCCAUUCGAGACCAUGAAUGCAAAACCUGAAGAGACCACUAAAGUAGAAGGAUCCCAUGAACAAUCCCCAACAUCUACCACAACAGAUGCAUCACAACCUGAUCAACAUUCUACACAGGCACCACAAUCUUCUUCUUCUCCUCCGUCGGAAGAAGAUACUAAGAAAUGGGGUACGCACAUCAUGGGACCGCCAGCAGCCCCUACUGCCCACCCAGACAACCAGAAGGCAGCUUUAUGGAGUGCCACUGACCACCAGCAAAUCUAUGAGCUGCCCUACCUUGUUUAUUCCCCUGCAGAAAAACCAAGCCACAAUCCUUUUGAACCUGUGAUUAACAUGUUCAAUACCUGGAGUAGGAAGGCCGAGACCGUAGCACGCAACAUCUGGCACAACCUUAAAACUGGGCCGUCUGUGUCGGAAGCUGCAUGGGGUAAAGUAAACCUGACAGCAAAAGCAAUAACAGAGGGUGGGUUUGAGUCUCUCUUCAAGCAGAUUUUCGCAACUGAUACAAAUGAAAAGUUGAAGAAGACAUUCGCCUGUUACCUCUCCACAACAACUGGCCCUGUUGCGGGAACAUUUUAUUUAUCAAAUGCUCGGGUAGCUUUCUGCAGUGAUCGUCCCUUGUCCUUCACUGCUCCUUCAGGUCAGGAGACUUGGAGCUACUAUAAGGUUAUGAUACCUCUGGCGAAUAUAGGCGCGGUUAAUCCUGUGGUCAUGAAAGAAAAUCCACCAGAGAGCUAUAUGCAGAUUGUUACGGUCGAUGGCCAUAACUUCUGGUGGAUGGGAUUUGUUAAUUUUGAGAAAGCAUCGUUUCACCUUUUAAACAGUGUGAAAGAUUUCAAGGCAACCCAGAAUGCAGCAGAAUCGGUAGUCGCCUAGUGGGGUAUUGCUUGGAUCGUGUAUGAUUUUUCUUUCACAUAUCUGUUUAUUUAUCCGUACGUGUGCCUACAGCUGGAGAUCACCUCGGCACUGUUGUAAAUUUGUAUUUCAACUUUCAAUGAAAUUGUGGAGUAAAACUUUUAAUUUCUAUCUAUUUUAA